AUAAAGUCUACCGGUCACCGCCUGAAACCGCAGAAGGAAAUUUUCUUCUCAAUUCGUCGUGACCAACGCCAUUAUCCUUUGUAAUUUGCCAGUUCAAAAACCGGUUCCAUCCAGUUUAAUGAUGCAGCUCAGCAACGACGCACACUGCAAAAAGCACUCGCUGCUCAAUGUCAUGAACCGCUUCAUGGCUGCAGCCAACAACAUGAACGAGACCGUCAUGGUGCCAAGCUUAUUACGGGACGUGCCUCUGGAGGAGCAGGACAGCCAAAUCCAUGUUAGUCACAACAACAACGAGCCCUCUUUCCCCAGCAAACAGCGAGACAUGUAUGAGCAUUACCUGCUGCUUAAGUCCAUUAAGAACGACAUGGAGUGGGGCUUGCUGAAGAGGGAAAUGGGUGGCAGUGCCAGCUUCCUUGAGAUGGCUGUGAAGCAGGAGGGCCCACCGCAGCAGGCGAAAGGAGACGCUGAGGAUGGUUCAGACCUGGAGGGCCAAUUUCACUACCACCUCCAUGGACUGUUUGCAGUUUUAUCCAAACUCACAGUCCAGGCGGAUCACCUCACAAAUCGUUACAAGCGAGAAAUCGGAGGGGGUAGUCUGCUGAGAUAGUGUUUUUCCUUUUUUGUAGUAAUUUGGACCAUUCUUGAACUGUUGGGACUGGGAGUUGAUGGGGUCAGUGGUGAACUGAAAGGGCUAUAGAUUUCCUCUGCCAUCAAAAGUGUUUGCUGUAGAGAAUUGCAGUAACCCCAACUCGUUGGUGCUCUCAAGACGUUAAGGGCCAUGGGAGUGAUGAGUUUUACAACUGACCAUUUCAGCAAAGUACGCCUCAGUUUUGGUUUUGCAUUCUUUGUCCUCGUAUGUACGUAUGUCAGAAAGCCCCUUAAUGUGUCAUUUCAAAGCUCAUGAAUUGGAAUGCUGGUAAUUCCAUUCUAAGCAAGAAUUCAAUAAAUUCUUAAUCUCCAGUCCAUGCCUUUUUGUUUGUUUUGUAAAUGAGGGUAUUUUACAUAUUCAUGCUGCUCUUGUGCACUUGUCCAUGCUAAAUGAUGUGCCUUCUAUAUUCAUUUCCCACUUGUGCUGUUCUCAAUGUAUGCUUGUGCAUUUGUAUCAAUUUGAACAGAGCCCACAUAAAUUUGUAAUGCCACUUUCAAGUUUGUUUUUGUUUGUCCUAAAAUAUUUGAGAUUUUUAUAAUGAGCUGUAAUAGUGACUUAUUAAAUAAAGCAUUAACUUAAAUGUACUUUUUCCUUCUGA